GCAAGAGAAGCCGUCGUAGGCUGUUAGUGUACUGGAGCAGCGCGAGCUGUGCGCCCCCUCCCACCCCGGAGCCACAUCUCGCUGCUUGGGAUGUGAUGUACCGAGUCUCCGGUAAAUUGGUAGCCAUGAGCCUCAGGGAUGUCGGGGGAAACAAGCAGGAACAUUUCUACGGUAGUUGUUUUUUUAGUGACUGCGGCAGGAGGAAGUGCGGCACUUCCUCCGGUGUAUGUCUGGCGUUAAUUCUGGCUAUACUGCUGCUUCUGCCCCCGGCCUCCUUGUGUACGGUUUGUCAAGCAGAAGCUGGGGCCCCACGGAGGAGGAAGGAUUCAACAGCACUCCUGGCAGAUCCAUAUAUUUCUUUGAGCCCGCCUUGUCUAACUGAAGAGGACCGAUCCAGUCUGGAGGCUAUUCGCACAAUUCACAAACAAAUGGAUGAUGACAAAGAUGGUGGUAUUGAGGUGGAGGAAAGUGUUGAGUUUCUUCGUGAAGAUAUGAAAUACAAAGAUGCAUCACAUAAGCAUAACCAUUUGCACCGUGAAGACUCGCACAUCACAGUUGAGGAUUUAUGGAGGAAGUGGAAAACAUCAGAAGAAUAGCAGUAAAUGAACCAGCGUAUAUGAUCGCGCAGUUGAAAAUUAUUGAUCGAAGCCACCGGCAAAAACUACAGCUAAAGGCACUGGAUGUGGUUUUGUUUGGCCCGCUGACAAGACCUCCUCAUAAUUGGGUGAAGGACUUUGUACUGACAAUAUCUAUUGUGAUUGGCGUUGGAGGAUGCUGGUUUGCCUAUACACAGAAUAAGACCUCAAAAGAACACAUAUCGCAAAUGAUGAAAGAUUUGGAAGGGCUUCAUAAAGCUGAGCUAAGCCUUAUGGAACUCCAAGAGAGGCUAGACAAAGCACAAGAGGAAAACAGAACAGUAGCUGUGGAAAAGCAAAACCUUGAGCGCAAAUUAAUGGAUGAAAUCAGUGAUGCAAAACGGGAGGCGCAUCGACUGCGGGAAUUGAGGGAAGGUGCAGAAUGUGAAUUAAGUAGACUAAAAUAUGCAGAAGAAGAACUCGUACAGGUUCGCAUGGCUUUGAAAAAAGCUGAAAAGGAGUUUGAAUUGAGGAGUAACUGGUUUGUUCCAGAAACCUUACAAAAAUGGCUCCAGUUAACACAUGAGGUGGAAGUACAGUACUACAACAUCAAGAAACAAAAUGCUGAAAUGCAGCUUGCGAUUGCUAAAGAGGAGGCAGAAAAAAUAAAAAAGAAGAGAAGUACCAUUUUUGGGACAUUACAUGUUGCACACAGUUCAUCCUUGGAUGAGGUGGACCAUAAAAUUCUUGAAGCAAAAAAAGCACUCUCUGAAUUGACUACAUGUUUACGGGAGCGCCUUUACCGUUGGCAGCAGAUAGAGAAGAUGAGUGGCUUUCAAAUUGUGCAUAACUCAGGUUUGCCAAACCUGACUUCCUCACUGUACUCAGACCACAGUUGGGUGGUAAUGCCUAGAGUUUCAAUUCCCCCUUAUCCUAUUGCUGGUGGCGUGGAUGACUUGGAUGAAGACACACCUCCAAUAAUUUCACAGUUUCAUGGAUCCAUUAUAAAAGCUCAUGGGACAUUGGCAAGAAGCAGCAGUAUGUGUCGCCCACGACGUACUGUAAUUCCAGCUUCGCCUCAGACUCCACAUGUCCUGCAGUCACCUGAUCCAGAUAUUCUAUCUGUUUCAAGUUGUCCUGCUAUUUACCGCACUGAAGAGGAAGAGGAUGCCAUCUAUUUCAUUGCAGAAAAGCAAUGGGAAAUACAAGACCCUGGCACAGAAAGUGAUGCUUUAAAUUCUUCAAUUGGAAGAAGGCAAUCUCCUCCUUCAAGCCUUGAAGUGCAAGUCACAGGUCAUACAAGAAAGAUAUCAAGGGAGGAAACUUCUUUUGAAGAAUCAUCUACAGACUCUCCUUUAACAGCAGAUGUUCCUAUAGCUACUCCUGAUGCACCUAGUCUGACAGAAAGCCAAAGCAUGGUUUUCAGCCCAGCUAGCAAGGUUUACAAUGGCAUUCUGGAGAAAUCCUGCAGCAUGCACCAACUCCCCAGUGUUCUACCGGUCCCUAAGCCACCUCAUUCACCAUUUCCUUCUUCCCCAAAUGAUGGCAAGCCAGUUCAACAAGUCCAUGGUAUCCCGGUAUUAAAGACUAUGUCUCACGAUCUUCCCCAAAAUGGGGAGAAAAAUAAAAAGCCAUCCAAAAUAAAAAUACUUUUUAAAAAGAUAUCAAAAUAGGUCACUUGAAGGAAAGUAACUAAUAUAGAUAUUAGGCUUGACUUUGUAUUAUUUUAGGAAUGUAACUCCACUUUGGAGUUUUCCAUACUGGAUGUUCUAGUGGAGUGCGCCGAAAUUUGUCUACUAUUUUAAGGACUGUGAAGUUUUGUCAACAAUCACUGAAUUUCAUUCAAAAAGUGGAUCUGUUUACAUUCACUUUUAUCUAUUUAUUUCUGCAUUUAAACUUUUAGUUACAAUUUUUUUUAAGAAGCCACUUUGGACUUAACAAGCUUUAACAGACUAGUGAGCAUGCAAAGGCUCCCACAUGUUUCUUGUUUACUGGAGUAUCUUCUUACCUUUCCACAAAAUUAUGACAUUUUACAUUUUGGACUAAAUUGCAAAGGAUUAUAAUCUAAUUGCACUACUGUUUUCCAGACUGGAAAAGAAUACUUGCAAGUAAAAUUGUUUUAAGAUUUGUUAAAUGACAGAUAAGAAGGGGGAGGGUCCGUUUUAUCUUUUGAAGCAAUUGGGUUUUUAAAUAGAGCCUAGAAUUUCUAAUCAGAAUUUCCACAGAAGAAGCUCCUACUAUUUGUGUGGAAGCUUAUUUUGAUUCACUUGUUCUUAAUGUUUAAAAGUUCUGCUGUAAAGACAGAUUUUAUUAGGGCUUUUACUACUGUGAUUUUACAGUUACAGGCUGUAUGAUAUAUGUAGAUAUUAUUAUAUAACAAGAGGAUAGGCUCUUGAUUCCUUAUGCAAGUGAUGAAGGUAAAACAAUAACAGGAAUUAAAGCAUCCUUGUGCUUUAAAAAUAAGCAAAGUAGUGGAUUGUUUACAGGCAAAGGGUUCCAGGAUAUGCUAAAUUAUGUAUGACCUAAAAGUUGGACGCAUUACAGUUUGUUGGGCUUAUUGGAUACUCUGUUGCAUGAAGAUGUGCAAAAAAAACACUCCAAACUUUACGGUUUAUAUUGUCAUUAAAGAUAAAUGUGUUUCCAUAACUGACACCAUUGUAUAAUUUCAAAUGUAUGUAAUUGAGAUAUUGCACUGCCCAAACAAAUUAUAAUGCAAAGGGUUCCCAGAUUGCUCCGACUUAAGAUUUUUCUCUGCUUGAAGAGAUUUGUAUAUGUUGUAACAUAAACCACAGCCACUUUUAAAUUACUUAUACUUUUGCUACUAUGACUGUGUGUCUACCCUUUUAGCCAAUACUUCUCCAUUUUCUCAUUUUGCCUGUUAAAUCUGAAUCACUAUAUGUAGAUCUGUUACAUUUCAGGAUGUAAAAAAUUCCAAUAAACUAAUUUAUUAAGUUUUGGAAAGUA